AUGGAAAACUCUGGAAUCAGGAUUUCUACCAAAGCUCAGUGCCCACCUGAAAAGAUUAUCAGCAAAGACCAGGCUGAGAUGGACCCAGCAGAUAUGGAAGAUGUGGAGGACGUGGAAGAGGAGGAGACUGGAGAAGACGAAAACAGCAAAGGUGAGCGCUGCAAAUGUAUCCCGAGUACAGCCGACGACUCCAUGACCUCCCACUCGGUGUCUGUUCUUUCAUAUCUCGCUGUUCCGCCCGUUUUGUCCACAGCUCGACAGCUCACCGUGCAGAUGAUGCAGAACCCACAGAUCCUGGCCGCUCUGCAGGAGAGGCUGGACGGUCUGAACGGCUCACCGUCGGGGUACAUGGAGAGUGAAGCCAUCUGCAAGCAGCUCUUUGAUCAGCGCGUCGAGUGCUUGGCAGUCACCGGUAGCCUCGCCACUCACGUCCCCGGCGCCCGGCACCAAGCAGGCGCUUUUAAUGCGUCGCACUGCAGGGCAACUCAACUCUGGUUGUAG